GAGAUACGAGGCAUCAGGUGUCGGAAAGAUUGGGAAUGGAGUUGUUUAAUUAAUCACCAGAGUGACAGGGUGUAAUUAAACACAGCCCAGAACAACCCCAACUCUUCGUAACAACAAGCUGCUUUCACAUAACUUCUGAAAGACAAUACAUCCCCGCAACUUUAGAAAUGAUCUUAGAAAGAAUCGGCACUGAGGCAGAAAGAAGCUCCCCGCGGAAAGCGAGCUGUAAUGAGCGUCUUAUUCGGGAGCAGCCGAUGGGUGAAGUGUCUCAGGACGAAAGUCCAGGGAUUGCAGGGCGAGGACUGACUGAAAUUUCAUGAAAGAGUUUGCUCUUAAUUAAUCUUGGUGUAAUUUAUUUUACUGCGCUCUGCUCCUCAGACCAACACAUUCCUCUUGCGUCGUGUUAGCUAUUCCUCUGCCGUGUGACAAACAACGCACAAAGGCGUGGGUCAGUGAGCCUCCGCGCCCUUCACCCACAGAUUCUCGCAGCGUGUCGCUGUCCGGCGCUGAAGUUCGGCCACAGAGUCCCCCGUAACCCCCGCACCUCCGUCUGCUCGCCAACUGCACUGUCAACGCGGGCGCUGUCCGGUGCUCCAGCGCCGUGUGUCACCCUCAGUAACUCUCUCCGCCUCGCCCGGGCCGUGUCAGUAACGGAACUCAGGCGCUGUCCGGUGCUGAAGUUCGGUCACAGAGCCACGUUAACCCGCUACAACCCACUGCUUCACUCCAGCGCCGUCAACAACACUUGCAACUGACCCCCGUCCACUCCUCGCUCGGGCCGGGUCCGUAACAGUAACUCGGGCGCUGUCCGGUGCUGAAACAAACCUUCCCCCACACCCCCCACCCCCACCCCUCGGGUCUGAGUCACUCCCAGUGAAUGCAGCCCCGACCCACCACCCGCCUUCCCCGGGAGACGUCGCUGCACCGCCCCGGUCCCAGUGCCCGAGGCCGGGCGGCCGCUGUCCGGUGCUGAAAACCACCGGACGGGGAUCAGCCGUCCAGCCGAGGGCGGGGCCCCUUUAACCCCGCCUGAAGAAGAGACGGGGGCGGGGCGUCGCCGCUGUAAAUUAUAUUAUUUAAAUCAGGCACAUUAAUAUUCAUAUCGGGCGCGGAGCGGGCUCACGGUGACCGGAGGGGGGAGGGGUGACCGGAGGGGGUCCGGCCCCCGGCCGCUGGCCCGCCGAGCGCGGGCAGGGUGCAGGCGGCGGGAGCCGGUGGGGUGCGGCCGGGGCCGGGGCGGGGGCCGGAGCGGGGGUCGGGGAGGGCAGACGGAGCCGCCCAGCUCCCCCCAGCCGCCAGUCCGAGUGCGCCCGCCCCCCGGUAUAAAGGCGGCGGCGCGCCGCGCCGGGGCUCAGUCGGCGUCACCAUGAGCCUGGGCUCCGAGCUCUACGUGUCCUCCUACCGCCGCGUCUUCGGCGACGGCCCCCGCGCUGGGAGCCGCUUCUCCGGCUACCCGGGGCGCAGCGCCGGCGCCUUCCGCUCACAGUCGGUGCCCCGCGGCCACUACCGGCCGCCCACCGAGCUGGAGCUGCUGCCGGCCGCCGCGGGGCUGGGCGACGAGUUCCGCCUGAGCCGCACCAACGAGAAGGAGCAGCUGCAGGGCCUCAACGACCGCUUCGCCGUCUACAUCGAGAAGGUGCGCGGCCUGGAGCAGCAGAACCGGGCGCUGGAGGCCGAGCUGGCGGCGCUGCGGCAGCGCUCCGCCGAGCCGCCCCGCCUGGCCGAGCUGUACGAGCAGGAGCUGCGGGAGCUGCGCGCCCGGGCCGACGAGCUGAACUCGGGCCGCUGCCAGGCGCUGCUGGAGCGGGACGGGCUGGAGCAGGAGCUGCAGCAGGCGCGCCUGCGGCUGGACGAGGAGCAGCGGCAGCGCGCACAGGCGGAGGCGGAGGCGCGGGCGCUGCGGCGGGACGUGGACGGCGCCACGCUGGCGCGGCUGGAGCUGGAGAAGCGGGUAGAGGCGCUGCUGGAGGAGCUGGGCUUCGUGCGCAAGCUGCACGGGGAGGAGGUGCAGGAGCUGCGGGCGCUGCUCCACGCCGCCCAGCAGCCGGCCGAGGUGGACGCGGUGCCGGUGCGCCCCGAGCUCACCGCCGCGCUGCGCGACAUCCGCGCCGAGUACGAGAGCCUGGCGGCGCGCAACACGCAGUCGGCCGAGGACUGGUACAAGGCCAAGUUCGCCGACAUGACGGAGGCGGCGGCCAAGAACAGCGAGGCGCUGCGGGCCAACCGCGAGGAGCUGAGCGAGUACCGGCGCCAGCUGCAGUCCCGCACCAUCGAGAUGGAGGCGGUGCGCGGCACCAACCAGUCCCUGGAGCGGCAGCUGCGGGAAAUGGAGGAGCGGCACAGCGCCGAGAUCGCCGGCUACCAGGAUACGAUCAACCAGGUGGAAGAUGAGUUGAGGAACACAAAGUCUGAGAUGGCUCGUCAUCUCAGGGAGUAUCAAGACCUCCUCAAUGUGAAAAUGGCCUUAGACAUAGAGAUUGCUGCUUACAGGAAGCUGCUGGAGGGAGAGGAGACCAGACUCAACACCAACCUUGCCAGCUUCUCUCUCACCAACAACCCAAGCCUCUUGGCCCCAGUUCAGCCACGUUUCACCACCACUUCCAAGACCACCACCACCACCACCGCCGUCACUGCCUCCAAGAAAGAACAGGAAGUGGGGCCCAAAGCACAAGACAAAUCCUCCAAACAAAAAGCAGAGGCAUAUGAGGAAAUUAUUGAAGAAACUAUUGUAUCUACCAAGAAGGUCGAGCGCGAGGACCAGAAUCCAAGUGGCCACAAAAUGGAAAAGGGCAAUCCUCCAAAGGUCCCAGAGCCUUGAGUUUCUGUUCCCUCCACCCAGGGUAGAUUGAACAAGCCCCAUUCUUGCCCAAGCUCCUGAAAUGUCCAUGAGUGGAUUUUUCAGUCUAUUCCCCUCUAUAGGAUCAGAUUUCAAUCCCCAGCCUGGCGAUUAAACCAAUUUAGUGAAUGACCUCUUCCUGAUCCAGUGUUUCACUGAGAUGCAAAGAAUCAGAUGUCAACCCUGUGUAGUGGUUCUGGGUUGGGUGAAUGACUUUUCCUGUAACUCCCGGUCUGCCCAGAAAGCCAGCACUUGGGUGACGAUGACCCAGUGGGAUCUGAGGUGCUGAUUGGCACUUCUAUUGAUCACCAGCACAGCAGAAUUACUUCCUGAGUGGGUCUGUCCUGUGUAAUUCAUUGUCUGUGGUGCCUAGAAGUUAGUUGCUUGUGACCCAGUCUCUGCAAGUUCCUCCCUGGUCAUGACAACAGAUCUUUUACUUUCUGCUGGGAAUUCUCCAAAAAGAAUUGCCUUAAUGAAGCCAGCAGCUGUUGACAGUGCCAGUGUAAUAGUUCGAUGAAAGUGUUGGUGUUUUUGUAGCUGUGAAGUGUAAAGGGUGGAGGGUCACAAGCCCUUACUGGUUGUUCAUUCAAUAAGGACUAAGUACAUUCCACAAUCCAGUUUUCUGUAA